AACUUUAAAUAAUGUAAGAUUUUUGAUUUUUUAGACACACAUCUUUUUUUGUGUACCAAAAAGUGAUGAAUUCCUCAAGUAAAUUACCAUCACUGGUGACUACUCCCAACAGAACAUUUAGUGCUUCAAAGAGACCAUCCAACUAUCCAUCACCUAAUUCAGUUGAAUUAUCCGAGGCUUUUUCGACAUUUUCUAUUCAACAGGAAACAAGGCAUCAUAAUAAGUCGCCUACAACCGAACAACAACACCGCUGUUAUUUCACACAGUUACAAUUAGCCAGCAUUAGACCCAUCUGUUCUACAUGUCGCAUGUAUGAUUUUUCUUUUCUUUCUACAGAGAAAUAUCCUAUUUGUCAUACAACGUAAAUAUGAUAACUAUACAUGUAAACAUAUUAAAUAUUCUAUAGACAAGAUAUGUAUGAUUUGGAAAUGACAACACUAGGCUUAUCUAUCGAAUUAGCGGCAAACAACAUGAGAACACGUAAUUUCAAUAGACUCAUUGACAAGCUAUUGGACUUGUUAAAACAAAUCAUUCAUCAAAAAUAUCCAGAUAUUGUCCCUGUUGAAGCCUUUAAUGCAUUGUUCCUGACUCGUGUAUUUAUGAAGCAUUUCGCAGAUAAUUUGACAAAUAAGGAAAUUAUGGAACAAAUAGAAGAUCAUAAAGAUGAAUGUAAAGCAGAGCAACUGUUGGAGUCAUUAUUGUACAUGUUGAUGAAUAUGGAUCCAAGUGCAAGCUACUCUUGUUAUGAAUUUUAUGUCGAAAUUAUCAAUACAUUUCUUACUCUGUUCUCGACUCAACUGCGACAUCCACUCAAGUUUGAAGACUCGCAUUACUUUCUCGAUAUAUUCAUGUCCAAAUUUUCCCAUCGUACAGAUGCUGUAGUCGCAAGGCUGUUGGAGAACGUCAUCGAACAGAGUCAGCCUCCACCUCAAUCGUCUAGUGUGAUGUACACGGCCUAUAAUUACUUUUUUUCUUCAAAAGGAACGUCGUCCCCUAAUACAGUACCUGUUGCUGACCUCAGCUUGCUACUUUUAUUACUCCUCGGAUUUCAGUCCAGGCAAAGAUACCAAGUAUGGGUUUCUGGUUUCAGACAGGCUGUGUCUAGUCUUGGUGAUCAUCGUGUGAUAUCAACAGAUAUCGAUGGAUGUGAUCACAAGAUGCACUUAAUUUCAUUCAAGACACUGUUUGAAAUGUUUACAAAAUCGCUUCAUGUAGAAGAAAAGAUGCUGUUGUUUUAUAUGAUGUUGGCAGAGAAUGAGUCAUUUAGGGUUUAUGUACUAUCAAGAACUGAUCAAGAGAUUAUUUAUUUACCCAUCUUGAAAUUGAUCUAUGAGUCAAUGGAAAGCAAGGCAAACUAUUCUCAAGUCUAUAUUCUCAUGACAAUCCUUCUUAUUCUAAGUCAAGAUGAGGUCAAUAAUGAUGCAAUACAGAAAAUAGCUGUUCACAACAUCACUUGGUUUACAGAACGCCCUCUGUUAAAGUCCAUAUCUCUAGGCGGACUCAUGGUCCUGGUCAUGAUUCGUACACUGCAGCUCAAUUUGUCUACGCAUAGGGAUAUCUAUCUCCAUACCAGCUGCUUAUCCAUUUUAGCCAACAUGUCAAGCACUGUUCUAGACAUGCAUGCUUAUACAGCACAAAGGAUGAUAAACCUAUUCGAAUUACUAACCAAGCGAUAUCUAAAGUUGACUGAAAAGGAGCCAAAUGAGGAUACAAUUGUCUACGAAGAUGUAUUGAUGUUUAUGUUGGAAAUCAUCAAUUCUAUUCUAUUCCAUCGUCUGAAGCAUAAUCUUCAGUUAGUCUAUGCUUUACUCUUGAAGCGAGAGAUAUCCACGCCUUUUCAAUCUCAUCCACGACUGACUGAACCAGCAAAGAACUUGGACCAAGUGAUCAAUUAUUUCAGUACAAGAGUAUCCGAAGCCAACCUGAAAGCGCCUUCAUCAAGCGAAGUGUUGACAAUCAUUGAAGAGGCUUCUCGUACUUGGUCCAAUCAAAAGAUGAAGUCUAUUCCCGACCUCAAGUUUCAAUAUGAAGAAGAACCUGAUGCGUACGAAUUCUUUAUACCCUAUGUUUGGGCCCUUUUAUUACGUAAAAACUUUAUUUAUUGGAGUGAAGAAAAAUGUCGUGUGCUUGAUUCUUGUGUGUUUAUGAAUGAAGAACCGGAAACACCCACGACUUAAUAAAUGUGUGUACAUAUAUUAUUUGUCAUGAAAAAGCUUCUGGAAAAAAAAAAAAAAAAAAAAAAAAAGA